CCUCCACACACUUGGCUCCUCCACAGACACAGCAGAGACUGGAUUUUGUACAGUGGACUGAGAAGAGUCCUUUCAUAAAGCCAUUCUGAGAAGCUCUGAGAGCCUUUUCCUCUGCCUGUUUGCCAUUUCUCCAGACAACCAUGUGCACAGGAGGCUGUGCCAAGUGCCUGGGAGCUGCCCUGAUCCCCCUGGCUGUGCUCUGCACCCUUGCCAACAUUUUGCUGUUUUUCCCUGGAGGAAAAAUUGUUGAAGACAGUACUCACAUUACAAAUGAGGUUUGGUACUUCGGAGGGAUUGCAGGAUCUGGUGUUUUGAUGAUGAUUCCCGCAUUGACAUUCUUGGACCUUCAGAAUAAUGAUUGCUGUGGAUGCUGUGGCAGCAGGAGCUGUGGCAAGAGGUUUGCGAUGUUUUCUUCUAUAAUAUUUGCUGCAAUUGGAGUUCUGGGAGCUGGAUACUGCUUUAUUUUGUCAGCAGUAGCCAUAAACAAUGGCCCUAAAUGCUACACUGGAUCAGAGUGGAAGUAUCCUUUCGGAAAUGGGGACUACCUAACUAACCACACAAUGUGGGACGCCUGUCAGUCACCUGAAAACAUCGUCCCAUGGAACCUGACCCUCUUCUCCUUGCUGCUUGUCAUGAGUGGGGUGCAGGUAGUGCUCUGUGGCAUCCAGGUGGUGAACGGCCUGUUUGGAACGCUCUGCGGGGACUGCAAAUGCUGCGGGGGAAAUGGAACCGUCUAAAGAACACCAAUUAUUGCAGACAACCCUCCUUGGGAGACUCCCUUUUGCAGUGGCUCCACAAAGCAGCCCUUGAUGCAUCACCUCUGGCUGGGAAGAUGAGAAUGAAGAGCACUUCUCCCCACUAACGUUACGAAGCCCUGACUCCCUCUCUAGCCUUCCUGAAACCCCCCUCGUGGAAUAAACUAAGUGAAAUCCAACUCUCCCAUUCCUAUUGUUCGACCUUCACCACUGCACUCUGAGAUGGGAGGGCCAGAGCAGCAGUGUUCCAGGCAGAGGCAGACAGCCAUAGCCAUUUAUUCUCCCAGCCAAGGAUGAACCACUGCCGUGGAUCCCACAGGUCUUGUCUUGUUAGACAUCAAACCAGUUUCUCAUGCAGAACAUCACCUGCAGAUCCUGGCUUCAAACAACUGCUAAACAAAGCCUCACUUCUAGAAAACCAAAUAAAUUCCCACAUCUUGGACACAACAUAAAACUGGUACCCUGAGUGCAAAUCCACUCAUCUUUGUGCAGAAGGUCUGUUUGGCUGUGUUUGGCACAGAAAAAGCAAAAGAAAGGCAAAUUUUUAUUUAUUUUUUUUUUUAGUAUUGAACUUUUAAAACUCCAGAAGGAAAAAAAAACCCACAACUAUUUCCCAAAGAAAACAAGAAGGAAAUAAGAGGGAUUGGAGUUGUUUGUGGAAUUCAGAGAAACUGGUGUGCUUCCUAAGAAAUUGCUGAAAUAAAUUUUCACAACCAGCUUGCA